AUGCUGUCUCGUCGCAAGCGUCAAGCUGAAGAGUAUACGAAAAGAAUCCAGUAUGAGGCGAGCAUCGAUGAACGUGCGCUAAAAACGUUCGGCGAACCUAUAUCGAGUAUGCCCGGUACCAUCAGACCAGGUGAAUUAUGGUGGUGCAAACACUACCAAUGGUUGAAAGAUGCUGGAUAUCUGCUUCGCCCUCGAUACUCUCCAGAAUGGGUCCCUUCAUGGCAAGGUACUAAAAAGGUUUGGAUGGAGUGUGAAGAUAGUCGAGGUCCGAGGGUACAACAUAUACUGGAUGCAACUCGCACAUUUGAUGGAGUAUUCGUGACUCUGAAGUUAAUGAACAAGUCCCGACAUCCGUAUGAGAUUGAAAUAGGGCAACUGUUUUCAGCAGAACCGCUCGCCUCUGACCCUGCAAAUCAUUGUGUGCCAAUUUAUGAUGUGCUCCAAGUACCAGAGGAUCAGGACCAAGCCAUUAUUGUGAUGCCUUUAUUACGGCCGUUCACGAAACCUCGCUUCGAUACUUAUGGCGAAGUAGUCGAGUGUUUGCACCAGCUGUUUGUGGGCCUACAAUUCAUUCACAAGCAACAUGUUGCUCACCGUGACUGUAUGGAUCUGAAUAUUAUGAUGGAUGCUACGCAUCUUUUCAUCGAUCCUUAUCAUCCUCAAAACCUUCUCAUGAGACGAGACUACAAAGGAGAAGCGAGGUGCCUCACUCGUACUCAGUGCCCUCCAAAAUAUUUCUUCAUCGACUUCGGCAUAUCUCGCCGCUACGAUGCUAACAACGUUGCGCCGUUGGAAGCCCCAAUAUGGGGUGGCGAUAGAAGCGUGCCCGAGUUUCAAAAGUCGAACAAGCCUCGUAACCCAUUCCCGACGGACGUGUACUAUCUGGGCAAUAUAGUCAGGAAUGAAUUCUUGUUGACACAGGAUGGCUUCGACUUCAUGGAACCUCUGGUGAAAGACAUGGUACAGACUGACCCAGCAAAGCGGCCUACUAUGGAUGAAGUCGUUGCACGUUUUGACCAGAUUCUCAAGCAGCUCAGUAGCUGGAAACUACGGUCACGCGUUGUUGACAAGGAGGAUGGAAAUAUCACAGGCCUUUAUCGUGGUGUCACUCAUUGGACCCGUCGCAUCGGUUAUAUCAUCAGGAGAUUGCCGGCGAUACCAACGCCUUGA